CUGUCAUUGGUCCUGAGACAACCACCGACGUGAUAAACACGAUGUGACAACUCAUGACAUGGAAAUACAUACAUGUUGCAUGUCUCUAUGACUUUUAGUGCCAUCACUCAUCAUUGCCAUCCAAUAUCCAAUUAGUAAACGUCAACAUUUUUGGUAUUCAUUUUACUCAUUUAUAAUAGAUAUGUACCCUAAACAUGAAUCGUAGUGAGGGAUUUGUUAAAAGAAGGAAUGUAACUCGGGAAAACAGUGAAGGAGUCAAUAAAGAAGAACAAAACAACGAGAAAAGAUCGAAUCAUGAGGAAGAAGUCGAUGAUGGAGAUUCUAAAGAAACGAGGCUGACGUUGAUGGAAGAGGUCCUACUUUUAGGCCUGAAAGAUAAGGAAGGUUACACAUCAUUCUGGAAUGACUGCAUUUCUAGUGGUCUUCGUGGAUGUAUCCUAAUUGAAUUGGGAUUGAGGGGUCGUGUGGAGCUGGAAAAACUUGGCAUGAGAAGAAGAAGUCUAUUGGCCAGGAAACUUGUUUUAAAACAUGAUACACCAAUAGGGGAUGUACUGCUUGAUGAAGCUUUGAAGCAUCUCAAAGAAACUGAUCCUCCAGAGUCUGUUCAGAGCUGGAUAGAAUAUCUGAGUGGUGAGACAUGGAAUCCUUUAAAGUUGAGAUAUCAGUUGAAAAAUGUUAGGGAAAGGUUGGCAAAAAAUCUUGUUGAAAAGGGUGUUCUCACCACAGAAAAGCAGAAUUUCUUAUUUUUUGAUAUGACCACACACCCUUUAACUGAUAAUAUCACUAAAAGUAGAUUAAUAAAAAAGAUCCAAGAUGCUGUUCUUGUCAAAUGGGUAAAUAAUCCUCAACAGAUGGAUAAACGUAUGUUGGCACUCAUAUUUCUAGCUCAUGCUAGUGAUGUUCUCGAAAAUGCUUUUGCACCACUGAAUGAUGAUGAUUAUGAAUUAGCUACAAAAAGAGUAAGAAAGUUGCUUGAUUUAAACUUUGAAGAAGAAGCCAAUAAACCAAAUACAUCAGAUGUGUUGUGGGCUGUCUUUGCUGCUUUUACUAAAUAACAACAUAUGAUAUAAUAUCCCUUAGGGUGUACACAUAUUGAAUCCAUUAUUUUGUAAAUUCAUAUAGAAUAAGAGGAUUUCUAGUAUAAUUACUGUGGUGUGUCAAAAAUCAUUCUUCAGGAUACUUACCAACCACAAUGUACUAAAUGAAGUAGCUAUGAAAUUUCUGUCUGAUGUGGGUUUCAUUUUACUUUUCAAACUGUGAUAAUCAAUAUUGAAUCAUCACCUUUCAAUAACUUUGAGUUGCUUCAUUUCUACACUGUGGUAUUAACUAUGAAAUUUACAAUUUAUAUAAUAUCCAAGAAGUUAUAGAGCUAACUCAUAUCUAUAACAAAGUAUUAGAAAAUUGUGUAAAAAUGCACCAAAGUGGUGAUCAGUCAAUAAUAUGGAUAUGAUAAAGUACUUGUUUUUU